AUGGGUCGGUCCCGCGCGGUCUAUCAGGGCGCCGUCGACAAUCCCAAUCAGAACGGCACAGCUCAGAAACCUGUGGCCCAAGAAAUCAGCGAACCCAAAGGGGCUUUCUACCAUUGCAAUUACUGCAAUAAGGAUAUUUCUGGGAAAAUUCGGACAAAGUGUGUGGUGUGUCCAGAUUUUGACCUUUGCAUUGAGUGCCUCUCUGUUGGAGCUGAGCUUACGCCUCACAAAUGCAAUCACCCUUACAGGGUUAUGGAUAAUUUGGCUUUUCCACUUAUUUGUCCAGACUGGAAUGUAGAUGAAGAGAUGCUACUGCUCGAGGGUAUUGAAAUGUAUGGAUUUGGGAAUUGGACUGAAGUUUCUGAACAUGUUGGAACGAAAACCAGACAACAAUGUAUUGAUCAUUAUAAAGCUAUAUAUAUGAACUCUCCACACUUUCCUCUCCCAGGCAUGUCUCAUGUUAUGGGAAAGAGCAGAGAGGAGCUUCUUGCUUUGGCUAAGGGAUGCCUCAAUAGUUUAAGAUCGAACCAUUCAGAAGCUCGAACUGCAGGUUGUACGACAGCUUCUGAGGCCAGUAGAUACCUUGAAGAGAAGAGGAAGAAGGAAGCGGAACAAAGUGCCCUAAGGACUAAGGAAAGCUCUCAGGCUGGUAAAGGCUUGCAGAUCAGCCCUCGGGGAUCUUUUAAGGGAUCCACUGUUCUGCAUCCCAUCAGCAAGGACACAUAUUUAACUACGCAAGCUAUUUCAAGCUCGUUGGAUUAUUGGGAUAUCACUGGGCUAGUUGGGGCUGAUUUACUAUCCGAAACUGAACAAAGACUUCGCAGUGAAUUCAGAAUCCUACCUUCACAUUACCUUAACAUGCUGCAGACCAUCUCCACAGAGAUUGUGAAUGGCAAUGUUAAGAAGCAAGCGGAUGCCCAUCGCCUGUUCAAGGUUGAACCGAGCAAAGUCGAUAGGGUUUACGACAUGCUUGUGAAAAAGGGAAUGGCUGAAGCAUAGUUAUGCCUCCAGUCUCGUUCUUGUAAACCUGUACAGUACUGUUUCUUAAUUGAAGGGGAAAAUCCCAUUCGUAUCA